GGAAGCCCGCGGCUCGGGACGGAAGUGCGUCUGAGCCGGUUUCCGGGGCUGCUGGUGUGACGUGUCCCGCGCCUGGCGCAGCAGGAAACGGCGGCGAUCGCGGCCUGAGCUCCCGGCGCCGGCCCAGCUGCUCUCCCGCCGCCGCCAUGCUCGACUUCUUCACCAUCUUCUCCAAGGGUGGGCUCGUGCUCUGGUGCUUCCAGGGCGUGAGCGACUCCUGCACCGGGCCCGUCAACGCGCUGAUUCGUUCGGUGCUGCUGCAGGAGCGGGGAGGUAACAACUCCUUCACCCAUGAGGCACUCACACUCAAGUAUAAACUGGACAACCAGUUUGAGCUGGUGUUUGUGGUUGGUUUUCAGAAGAUCCUAACACUGACGUAUGUGGACAAAUUGAUAGAUGACGUGCACCGGCUGUUUCGGGACAAGUACCGCACAGAGAUCCAACAACAAAGUGCUUUAAGUCUAUUGAAUGGCACUUUUGAUUUCCAAAAUGACUUUUUGCGGCUCCUUCGUGAAGCAGAGGAGAGCAGUAAGAUCCGCGCUCCCACUACCAUGAAGAAAUUUGAAGAUUCUGAUAAGGCCAAGAAACCUGUGAGGUCCAUGAUUGAGACACGGGGUGAAAAGCCCAAGGAAAAAGCAAAGAACAGCAAAAAAAAGGGGGCCAAGAAGGAAGGUUAUGAUGGCUCUUUGGCUACCAGCAAAGCAGUCCCUGCAGAAAAGUCCGGUCUCCCAGCAGGGCCUGAGAAUGGAGUAGAACUUUCCAAAGAGGAACUGAUACGCAGGAAGCGAGAAGAGUUCAUUCAGAAGCAUGGGAGGGGUGUGGAGAAGUCCAGCAAGUCCACGAAGUCAGAUGCUCCAAAGGAGAAGGGCAAAAAAGCACCCCGGGUGUGGGAACUGGGUGGCUGUGCUAACAAGGAAGUCCUGGAUUACAGUACUCCGACCACCAAUGGAGCCCCUGAGACUGCCUUAUCUGAGGAUAUCAACUUGAUUCGAGGGACUGGGCCCCGGGGGCAGCUUCAGGAUCUGGACUGCAGCAGCUCAGAUGAUGAAGGGGCUGCUCCAAAUUCUACCAAACCUAGUGCUACCAAGGGGACGCUGGGUGGCAUGUUUGGGAUGCUGAAGGGCCUUGUGGGGUCCAAGAGCUUGAGUCGUGAAGACAUGGAAUCUGUGCUGGACAAGAUGCGUGAUCAUCUCAUUGCUAAGAACGUGGCUGCAGACAUUGCCAUCCAGCUCUGUGACUCUGUUGCCAACAAGUUGGAAGGGAAGGUGAUGGGGACAUUCAGCACGGUGACUUCCACAGUAAAGCAAGCUCUGCAGGAGUCCCUGGUGCAGAUUCUGCAGCCACAGCGUCGUGUGGACAUGCUCCGGGACAUCAUGGAUGCCCAGCGUCGCCAGCGCCCUUACGUCGUCACCUUCUGUGGUGUCAAUGGAGUGGGGAAGUCCACUAAUCUCGCCAAGAUUUCCUUCUGGCUGUUAGAGAAUGGCUUCAGUGUCCUCAUUGCCGCCUGUGACACAUUUCGUGCCGGGGCAGUGGAGCAGCUGCGUACACACACCAGGCGUUUGAGUGCCCUACACCCCCCAGAGAACCAUGGUGGCCGUACUAUGGUGCAGCUGUUCGAGAAGGGCUAUGGCAAGGAUGCUGCUGGCAUUGCCAUGGAAGCCAUUGCCUUUGCACGUAACCAGGGCUUUGAUGUGGUGCUGGUGGACACGGCAGGCCGCAUGCAAGACAAUGCUCCCCUGAUGACUGCCCUGGCCAAACUCAUCACUGUCAAUACACCCGACUUGGUGCUGUUUGUGGGAGAGGCCUUAGUAGGCAAUGAAGCUGUGGACCAGCUGGUCAAGUUCAAUAGAGCCUUGGCCGACCACUCUAUGGCUCAAACACCUCGGCUCAUUGAUGGCAUUGUCCUUACCAAAUUUGAUACCAUUGAUGACAAGGUGGGAGCUGCUAUUUCUAUGACGUAUAUCACGAGCAAACCCAUCGUCUUUGUGGGCACUGGCCAGACCUACUGUGACCUACGCAGUCUCAAUGCCAAGGCUGUGGUGGCUGCCCUCAUGAAGGCUUAAUGUGGCUCUUGCCCAAUACCAAAUCGCUGCUUUCACCCACAAGCCGCUAUUCCUGUAUCAAGAAUGUGCUUUCGAGUAUGUGAGCAACUCAGUCUUCAGUGUAGUACAAAGGCAGAGUGAGGGGACCGCGGCUCCUUUAACCCCAGUCCCCGUUCAGCCUAGCCUCAACCUGCAGGGAGGGCCUAAUCAUGUUACAAUCAUUGUCCCCCGACCCCACUCCCCAUGGGCCUCCCCCUUGCUACACAGGCAUCCCCUUCACUCUGCCGACAAACUCAGUCUCAUUACAGCUUUGACCAGUAGUUAGGAGACCCAGCACCAGAGCUUUGCUCGCUAGUGUGGUCACGGAGCCGUCUGAGCCUAAUGUGCAUUUUGAAGUCCCAGCUCCGUUAGGUUCAGAGACUCUUCCAGUUCCAGAGCCAGCUCUGGGUCUUGAAUGGCACCUCUAAGAUAUACAAGCUCACAGGUCCCCAGAGGCAGGAUGAUACCCACCUCACUGUGGCAGUGUGUGGCCUGUUGUUAAUUGCUGCUAAUUCUAAUUCUGACGACCCCUACCCCUUUGUUUCCUCAAAAUAUCAGCCAGGCCAGAGUGACAUGUUACAAAUGACAAAAUAUGAGUCCCUGCUUCCCUCAGAAAUAAGGGAGCUGAGCUACAGUGUUGCAUUGGGCUUUUGAGCCUUCAACUCUUCCCCACUCCCAGAUCCAGACCCAAGCUUUGCAUGUUCCCCUUCUUGGGAGAAAACCAACUGUCAGAAGGGUAUGUGUUGUCCCUCCCCCUCCACCUUCCUGAGUGGUCCUGGCUCUUCCUCAGCCUUCUCCUCUACAGUGCCUGUAGACAAGAGCUACACUGAAGAAUACAAACUUCUCAUUAAGACUUGUCCUGUAGCUUGGCAUUACAGAUAUGCUAUUAGUGCAAUAAGGUGAAGGCUGUCUGCCCAGAGAAAUACAUAAUUUAUAUAAGAAAAUAAAUUUCAUAAAUAAA